UUGUGGUUUAAAUAAUUUAUUUUAAAUUAAAAACAGUGUCUUCGCUAUUAGCGUGUCUAAGCUUCUGGGUACUGUCAGGAGUAUUUUUGUAUUCUGGGGUAAUUUUUAUAAAUUUUUCUCAAUGAUAGACUGAGUCAAUAAGUUUAUAAUAUGAUACAUGCCACCACUGUCCCGUUAUAGUUUUUAUAAGACUUGAGUGGGUCAGCAGCACUUUACUUAUUUACUACAUCAUCGUGUACAUGCAACACCAAUAUUAUCAAGUAUAAAAGUAUUAACCGUGUGUAAACGCGAUUGGGACUUGGUGAGGCCUGGUGGGGCCUUUUUAGUCUCAAAGUACAACGCGUGCUUGUCUUCUCACUGGGCAUUGAGCGAUAUUAGUGAUCGAGAACACGAGAUACCUGUCGCACGUACUUUCAAUAAAAUUUAAUUUUAAAUUAGUAAAUUUUUUUGUGUAAUUAGUAUUAUAUUAUUAUUUCAUAAGUUUUUUCAUCGACCAAUUCAAGAUUUUGUAAUUUUUAAUUGAACCGUGGAUUAGCUUCAAAUAUGAAGUUUGCCGCGAUUUAUUUAUUGCUCCUGACAAUUGGAUGUACAUGGAGAGAGACAAUAAGUACGUGUGUACUGGAAUCGGACUUUGGUUUCAUGCUUAACUGUGUCUUCAAAAAAUCAUCCCUCUUUCGAGUAAGAAAUCUUGGCGGUGUCAAAGGUUACGUCGGCCUCGGCUUUUCUGUCGGUGAUGAACUCGGAUUUCAAGAAUCAUUAUCCAAUUUGGAGAGCAGCAAGCGACGUAGUGUACAAGCCGAUGGAAGAAAUACUGUUGGUAUAGGAAGUGGGUUCACCAAGCGAGAUGACAUGAGAACAAACCCGAAAGUAGUACCUCCAUUCAAACCAUUACCUCCAGGAGCAUCUCGUCCAAUGGCAGCUCAACCAGAGCUCCAGCGACUGGUUGUUCAAAGAAACUCGACGGCCUUGAAAACAAUUCCAGCACCAUCGCUGUCGGCAAUGCAAGAAGCAGCAGCAGUGCGCCAGCAAAAAUUACAACAGCAACAAAAAUUAGCGUUGCAGCAACAGCAGCUGCAACAAAGAGCGCAGUACGAAGCUAAGCUGCGCCAGCAGCAGAGAAUUCAACAAGAAGCGUUGGCUUUAAAAGUGCUAAAAGAGCAACGACAACAGCAGCAAGAGGCUCUUAUUCAACAGCAAAAACUGGCGUUGCAACGUCAGCAGGCCAUUCAGCAAUCACUGGCUCUCCAGAACAAGCGUGUUCAGGUACCGCAGAGCUUAGCAACGAAUGUCAACGAUCUUUCGUACGCUCAACCUUUGCCACACAUCGUUGCUGCUAUACCUCCAGCUGGAAGCAUUGUUAACAUGAACAAUAAAAUAGCAAGUAAUUCAAAACCUUUAACAAGUGUGGUAUCUGUUUCUAAUAGUGGGUUACCUUUUAUUGCGAUGCCUGAAUCAUCUGCCCAAUUGACUGAUCGUAUUAGUCACAGUCCAGCUAUCAUUCAAGAUUCUGAUAACCAAUUAUCUAAGGACAAUUUUAUUCAGCUUCCAUUGCCAAAUGACGAAAUGACGGCAUCAGUUAAUGAAAUGACACUUCAGUCACUAAAUCCAGCAAACACAGCAGAAGCUGUUGAAUCAACAAAGCAGCAGAAUGAAAAACGUCAAUCUCUACCGUCACUAAAACCGAUUCAAGGAAUGGGAACAUCUCUGAAGGCUCUUGCAGAAGCUAGUAAUAUAACAUUAGAAGCUCUCGAAGCAGCUAUUCUGCUCAGACAGCAACAGUUGAUGGAAAAGCAACAAGGAACUACGACCACUACAACCACCACGACAACACAAUCUCCAAUUAAAAGUUACAGUAAUUCAGGGACAACGAAAGUAAUGAACGCUCCCCGAGAAUAUUACCCAAUGAGUUAUGACAAAAAUUUCGAUGACAAUUUCGCAAGCCGAGUUGAUUUGCCGGACACGAGUUUUUACUGUGGAGAUCAGAAGCAUUUUCCUGGGCUGUAUGCCGAUGAAGAUCUAGGCUGCAUGGUAUUCCAUGUAUGCGCGUUAACAGAUCAAGGUUUAAUAAUGAAAAGUUUUCUGUGUCCUGAAUCGACGCUCUUCGAUCAGACGAUUCUCAAAUGCAACUGGUGGUUCUACGUCGACUGUAAAUCAUCAAAGAGUUUGUAUGACAGCAACAUUCCUAUCAGUAAAAGCUACCAGCUGAUGAAGGCACUGGCAUUCUUUUCCGCUUACAAGAAUCAUGAUAACGCGACAAUGAGCGCUCAAAGUGGCUCUUGAGUUUGUUGUUAACUGUUUAUUAUUUUAAGACUUUUGAAUUUUAUCAUUAGUCUUUGACGCUCAACAAUAAACAAUUAAGUUUUUUAUUAUUAUUAUUUUUAUAAUGUAUAUUGAUAAAUAGCUUGGUAAAAAGGUCGAAGAUUUACUCAGCUUCAACGCACUGUACGAUAUUUAAUUUAUUUUACUUUUAAGAGUGACACGUAUUUUUAGAUUGAAUAAUUUUAUUUAUUCAAAUAUU